AUGGUUUGCGCCGUUCCGCGCGGCACGUGGGCGCAGGUGGAGCUUGCGGUGGCGGAGCCUCCGCACCAUCCGCUGCGCGUGCGCGGAGUGAACGAUCUCCCCUCUCAUUAUAAUCACAACCUUCAGUGGAACGUCGGCUUCCUCCCGCAAACUUGCUGCUGCUUCGAGAUAGACCAACUCGACGGUACUACAAGUAACGCUACUAGUAGUAGUACUAUCAGUGCUGAUAGCGACGGUGACGGCGGCUUCUUCACACCGCGCUCGCUAAGUGCGGCGGGAACGGCGGAAAAGCUUCGCUCGUUUAGCGGAACCGUUACGGGCGGAGGCGAACACGGUCCCCUGGAGGUGGUGGAUAUUGGGGGAGCGCGGGCGGAAGUGGGGCAGGUGUAUCUGGUGAAGGCUCUUUUGGCGUUUCUGGUGGUUAGCCCGAACCUCCAUACGCACUGGACUGUGAUUGCAACGAGCGACGUUAGCGAUGAUGCCGACGAUGGCGACGAUUGCAUGGCGACGCGUCUGGAGGAGAUUCGCGAGUGGCUCAAGUUUCGAGGAUGCUUGUCGCCGCUGGACCUCCCUUGCUCCAUUUCCUUACGGGAGAAACCUGUGCCUCUCAGCCGUACGAUCUCCGUGAUCAACGGCGCACAUGCCGCCUGGAAAGACGCCCAUGGGUAUGCUUUCAUGCCACCUCAGCAGCAGCAGCAGUCAGCUGACCAAAACCAGCAAGAUGAAAUGCUUCUAAGCCAGCUGCGGGAAUCGGUGGACUGCACACGUGGCGGCUCUGUGGAGUGCCACGUGGCAGGCAGCAGUGUGGUCUGCGUCCCACUUUCCGAGCCACGCGGGGCACAAGAGAUUGUUAGAAAAGCGUCUGGGACAUUGAUGCCUGGCGCUGCUGCUGCUGCAUUGGCUGCUGCUGGUUUGAGUGAGGAGGGAGGAGUAGGAGGAGGAGGAGGAGGAGGAGGAGGAGGAGGAGGAGGAGGAGGAGGAGGAGGAGGAGGAGGAGGAGGAGAGAAGAAGGGAGGAGGGAAGAAGGGAGGAGAAGGGAAGAAGGGAAAAGCUAAGGGAAGCAAACCAUCUCGUGUUGAUCACACUCGAUCCUCAUCCUCCCCUGUAUGGCUAGAGACGGCGUUUGAUGGGUCAGGAUCGCCACAAAACGUUAACGUCUCCUGCUUCCCUCCCCUCUCCUCCCCCUUCUCCUCUCCCUUCUCCUCUCCCUUCACCUCCCCUUUCGCCUCCCCUCGCGCCUCCCCUCCCGGCUCCCCUCGCCCCUACGCUCUCCACCGUUCCCCUCGCUUUCGACAAAAACACCCCUUCCCUCCAUCCUCUCCCACUGCCGAGGCCAACAGCAGCAGCUCCGUUAUUAGCGCACUCAAUAGCGGCACUGCAAGCAUCGGCAUGGCUGCUCGGAGUAUGACUGUUGAUGGGAGGUCCUAUCUGGAACAGGAGCGUACAGGAGGAAGGGGAGAGAGUGGGGAGGGAGGAGGGGGGGAGAGCGACCAGGAUUGCUCGCAGCGCGACUGGCAACAGGCAUCUGACCGUCCAUCUGAAACUGCAAAGUCAACGUUGCAUCCCAGCCGCUCGUUGCCUGCUCUUGCUCCUUCCAUUUUUACCAUUGGCUCUUCCCCCCUUUCUGCCGCUCUUCCUCCUCCUCCUGCUGCUGCAGCAGCUACUGCUGCUGGUGCUGCUGCUGGUGCUGCAGCUGGUGGUGCUGCUGCUGUUGCUGGUGCUGCUGCUGAAGAUGAGGAUGCUGCCAUGAUACCAGAGCCAAACAGACGACACACCACCGGGAAGCUUUCUAUCGAGGAUGAAAGGGGUGAGGAGGAAGGGAGUGAAAUGGAGUUGGUGAGUCCGGAUUCGAACUGGUUCAGUGCCGGGAGAAAGAAUGGAAGAGAGGAGGGGAGAGAGGAGGGAAGAGAGGGGGGAAGAGAGGAGGGGAGAGAGGAGGGGAGAGAGGAGGAUGAGGAGGAGGAGGAAGAGGAUGGGGAGGAGGAUGAGGAGGAGGAGGAGGAGGAGGAGGAGGAGGAGGAGGAGGAGGAGGAGGAGGAGGAGGAGGAGGAGGAGGAGGAGGAGGAGGAGGAGGAGGAAGAGGAUGGGGAGGAGGAUGGGGAGAAGGAGGAGGAAGGGGAGGAUGAGGAGGAGGAUGGGGAGGAGGAUGAGGGUGAGGAGGAUGAGGAAUAUGCUGAUGGGGAUGAGUUGACUCCAAUGACCUCGCCUGUAGCAACUACUGUGGCCCUUUCCCGCUCUCCUGUGCUUAGUCGGAGGAAGAACGAAGAGGAGGAGGAGGAGGAGGAGGAGGAGGAGGAGGAGGAGGAGGAGGAGGAGGAGGAGGAGGAGGAGGAGGAGGAGGAGGAGGAGGAGGAGGAGGAGGAGGAAGAGGUGGAGGAAGAGGAGGAAGACGAGGAGUUUACUGCAGCCCCUAGUCCUAUGGCGCUGUCCCCCUCCUCAUCAUCAUCCCCCUCUGGCUACCCUGUCUCCAUGUCCCCACCACCUCGCUCCCCUAAAGUGUCCAGGUUCAACGCACCUGGACAGAAGAAGAGGGGCAAAAAGGGAGGCGGAGCAGAGGGGCCAGAGAUGGGUGUAGGGUUUCCCAUCCGAAGGGGAAAAACUGGGGCUUCUGGAGCUUCUGCUGCUGGUGUCUCAGGUGGUUUUUCAGGUGGUUUUUCACAUGGUGGGGUUUCAGCAGGUGAGCCUUCAGGUGGUGGGACCGGUGGGAAGCCAAUGCACAGACAGUGCAAAUCGUUUUCUGGCUUUGACUUUGGACAGACGCUUCUUGAGGAUCGGCCGAAAGAGUCCAGGUUCAAUGCACCUGGGCAGGAAGCGGGAGGGAGGACUGAUGGUGGGGGGAAUUCGGGGCAAAAGGGGGCAGUACAGCAAAAGGGGGAGGGAGUGCAGGCCGACAAAGCUCGGCGUGCCAUCCCAAAGGCAAGCACAGGGGGUUCUGUUGCUGCUGCUGCUGCUGCCGCCGCCGCCGCUGCUGCUGCUGCUCGGGCUUCAGGUGGUGGGAGUUUAGCAGGUAAAAGUUCAGGUGGGGGGGUCGCUGGUAGCCUCAGGCACAGGAAGUGCCAGUCGUUUUUUGAUUCGACUCAGGAGUUGAAUCUUGAGCCGACUCAAAAGUCAGGUGGGGGGAAUGUAGCAGGUGAUAAUUCAGGUGGGGCGGCUGCUAGUAGCCUCAGGCACAGGAAGUGCCAGUCGUUUUCCGGCGUUGACUUUGGCUUGAUUGCACCUGGGCAGGAAGCAGGAGGGAAGACUGGCGGCGGGGAGAAUUCAGGGCGGAACAGGGCAGUGCAGCAAAAGGGGGCGGGACGAGAAGAGGGAGUGGGGGCCGGCAAAGCACGGCGUGCCAUCCCGAAGGCAAACACUGGGGGUUCUGUGGCUGCUGCUUCUCCUACUGCCGCCGCUGCCGCCGCCGCCGCUGCUGCUGCUGCUGCUGCUUCUGCUGUUGCUGCCUCUUCUAGCCCCAAGCACAGGAAGUGCCAGUCGUUUUCCAGCUUUGACUUUGGCUUGUUUUCACCUGGACAGACGGGUUUCGAGGCACAGCCACAAGAGUCCAGGUUCAUUGUACCUGGACAGAGGAUGCCCAAGGUGCAACACAAAGAGGCCAGGUUCUACGCACCUGGACAGGAAGAGAGGAGGAGGACGGGUGGGGGGCCCAAGGAUGGGUAUGAAGGGGCAGUAGAGCAAAAGGGCACGGGACGAGACGUGGGAGGGAAGACUGGUGGUGGGGAGAACUUGGGGCGAAACAGGGCAGUACAGCAAAAGGGCGUGGGUCGAGACGUGGGAGCAUGGGUCCAACAAGCACGGCUUGCCACCCCAAGGGGAAACACCGAGGUUUUAGUAGCCACUCAUACUGCUCAUACGGCUGCUGCCGCUGCUGCUGCUGUUGCUGCUGCUGCUGUUGCUGCUGCUGUUAGUCGUGGUGGUGGUGGUAGGGUUUCAGGUGAUGGGAUUUCAGCAGGUGAAAAUUCAGGUGGGAGGAGUACUGUUAGGCCAGGACACAGGCAAUGCCUGUCGUUUUCUGGCUUUGAGUCUGACUUGGGUCAGUGGGAUAUGGCUAUUGCGGCGCCUCAAACGUCUGUUUUUGAGUCUGACUUGGGUCGGUGGGAUAUGGGGAACGGCAGGGAGGGAGGGAGAGGAGCGGGGAUAGCGAGCAGAGUAGAGAGUUUGACUGAGUGGGAUAUGGGGGACGGGAGGGAGGAAGGGAGAGGAGGGGAUAUAGCGAGCAGAGGGCGUAGAGAGGAGGGCUUGAGUGUGUGGGAAAUAGAAGACGGGAGGGAGGGAGGGAGAGGAGGGAGAGGAAUGGGGAUAGUGGGUAGAGUGGAGAGCUUAUGUGAGUGGGAUGUAGGGGACGGGAGGGAGGGAGGGAGAGGAGGGGGGAUAGUGAGCACGGGGCAUAGAGAGGAGAGCUUGAGUGUGUGGGAGAGGAGGAAUGGGGGGGGGAGAGGGGAGGGAGGGGAGGGAGGGAGUUUGUCACCUAGAGUAGUGUCGCUUGGGACCAGGGCGAAGGGAAGAGGAGGAGAGAGAGAGGCAAAUGGAGGUGGGAGGAGGGGAGGGAGAGGAGGGGAAGGAGGAGAAGAGGGAGGGUUACUGACGUCACCGGCAGUGACGUUUGAUUCUUCUGGGAGGGAAAGUGCAGGAGAGGAAAUGGCAGGAGGGGGAGCAGCAGCAAGGGAAAUGGCAGGAGGGGGAGCAGCAGCAAGGGAAAUGGCAGGAGGGGGAGCAGCAGCAAGGGAAAUGGCAGGAGGGGGAGCAGCAGCAAGGGAAAUGGCAGGAGGGGGAGCAGCAGCAAGGGAAAUGGCAGGAGGGGGAGCAGCAGCAAGGGAAAUGGCAGGAGGGGGGGCAGCAGCAAGGGAAAUGGCAGGAGGGGGGGCAGCAGCAAUGGAAAUGGCAGGAGGGGGGGCAGCAGGAGGAGACACAGGGGUUCCCAAGUCCCCUCGAGGCGUGGGCAGGAAAGGCAUCAUGCCUUUUACUCCCCCCAGUGACGACAUUCUGAGCACCCUCUUUAAAUCUCCAAGCAUCUCAGCCCCUAGCCCUAGAGGAGGAGGAGGGGGGGCAGGAGAAGCAGCAAAAGGAGGGGCAGGGGAAGCAGCAAGAGAAGGAGGGGCAGCAGGAGGAGACACAGGCGUUCCCAAGUCACCACGAGGCGUGGGCAGGAAAGGCAUCAUGCCUUUUACUCCCCCCAGUGACGACAUUCUGAGCACCCUUUUUAAAUCUCCAAGCAUCUCAGCCCCUAGCCGUAGAGGAGGAGAGGGGGGGGCAGGGGGAGCAGCACGAGGAGGAGGGGCAGCAGGAGGAAACACAGGGGUACUCAAGUCACCUCGUGGGGUGGGCAGCAGGGACAACGCAGGUUGGACCCUCGCUCAAGGAGGGGAGGCAACUGGAGGAGACACAGACGUACCCAAGUCGCCUCGAGGGGUGGGCAGCAGGGACAACGCAGCUUGGACCGCCCUCGCUCACGGCCUUCGCAGCAAAAGCUUCAACUACGGAAAAACAGGCAUUGUAUUUUCAGCAGGAGAGGAAGGAGGAGGGGGAGGCGGAGGGGGAGGCGGGGGGGAAACAGGGCCCCCCAAGUCGGCCUUUGAGUCGACUCAAAAGCCCCCCAAGUCGCCAAGAGGGGGAGGAGGGGGAGGGGGAGGGGGAGGGGGAGGGGGAGGGGGAGGGGGAGGGGGAGGAGGAGGCGGAGGAGGAGGAGGAGGCGGAGGAGGAGGCGGGGAAACAGGGCCCCCCAAGUCGCCAAGAGGGGGAGAGAGGAGGGACGUUGUAACCUCAACCCCCCCCACUCACGGCCUUCGUAGCAAAAGCUUCAACUAUGGAAAAACAAGCAUUGCAAUUUCAGCAGGAGGUGAAGGAGGAGGGGGAGGAGGAGGGGGAGGAGGAUGGGGAGGAGGAGGGGGAGGAGGAUGGGGAGGAGGAGGGGAAACAGGGGCCCCCAAGUCGCCAAGAGGAGGGGGGAGGAGGGACAGCGUAACUUGGACCCCCCCAACUCAAGAAGCAGAAAGAGGCGGAGGAGGAGCAGCAGGAGGGGACACAGGGGUUCCCAAGUCGCCUCGAGGGACGAGCAGGAGGGACAGCAUAACUUGGACCCCCCCAACUCCAGGCCUCCUCAGCAAAAGCUUCAGCGCCGCAAGUCCAACUAUUAAGGCCAGUUAUGAGACUUAUCAAAGCUUCAGCACGGCAAGUCCAAGCUUCAAAGCCAUGACUGUAGUGGGAGGGGGGGGGGGCAUUAAAAAAGCUGCAGCAGGGGGGGCAGUAGGGGGAACAGCAGAGGGAGCAGCAGGGGGAGCAGCAGGGGAAGCAGCAGGGAAACCACCAAGGGGAGGGGGGGCAGCAGGAGGGGGCACAGGGGUUCCCAAGUCUCCUCGAGGGAUGCCUAGUUUGCUCAACAAAAGCUUCAGUGCGGCAAGUCCAACCAUCAAAGCCAGUUAUGAGACUUAUCAAAGCUUCGGCGCGGCAAGUCCAAGCUUCAAAGCCAUGACUGUAGUGGGAGGAGGGGGGGCCAUUAAAAAAGCUGCAGCAGGGGGGGCAGUAGGGGGAACAGCAGAGGGAGCAGCAGGGGGAGCAGCAGAGGGAGCAGCAGGGAGAGCAGCAGGGGGAGCAGGAGCGGGAGCAGCAGGGGAAGCAGCAGGGAAACCACCAAGGGGAGGGGGGGCAGCAGAAGGGGACACAGGGGUUCCCAAGUCUCCUCGAGGGGUGCCUAGUCUCCUCAGUAAAAGCUUCAGCGCCGCAAGUCCAACCAUCAAAGCCAGUUUUGAGACGUAUCAAAGCUGUAACGCCGCAAGUCAAAGCAUCAAAGCCAUGACGGUAGUGGGAGGAGUGGGAGCCAUUAGAAAAGUAGCAGCAGAGGGAGCAGCAGGGGGAGAAGCGGGGGGAGCAGCAGGGGGAGCAGCAGGGGGAGCAGCAGGGGGAGAAGCAGGGGGAGAAGCAGGGGGAGCAGCAGGGGGAGCAGCAGAGGGAGCAGCAGGGGGAGAAGCAGGGGGAGCAGCAGGGGGAGCAGCAGAGGGAGCAACAGGAGAAGCAGCAAGGGCAGGGGGGGCAGCAGGAGGGGACGCAGGGGUCCCCAAGUCUCCUCGACGGGCGCCUGUGAGGGCAGGCGGACUGAAAAAGGCCGCAGCAACGGCAAUGACUCAAGCUCAGGACGCUGCGUCUGCUUAUGCCCCUGCUGCAGGAGGGGACACAGAAGUCUCCAAGUCUCCUCGACGGGUGCCUGUGAAGGCAGGCGGACAGAGAGAGGCUGCUGCUAAGGCAAUGGCGAGAUUCAACGCGGGGAUGCGAGCAGCAGGAGGGGACACAGAUGUACCCAAGUCUCCGCGAGAGGCUACUGCAAGGGCAAUGGCUCAAGCUCAGUCCGCUGCAUCUGCUUGUGCCGCUGCAGCAGGAGAAGCAGCAAGGGGAGGGGCGGCAGCAGGAGGGGACACAGAAAACGUGAACUUUGGUGCGUUCCCCAUUGUGUAG